AUGUCCGUCGCCUGGACCCCCCUACGCCUGAAGAUGGAGGAGGACAACGCUGAGCAGCAGUGGGGCUCCAGCGCCAACGACACCCGCACGCCUAGUUCGCGACCCGUCUCGCACAAGUCCGCCCGCUCGUCGCGCUCAGCCCGCUCCCAGCAAUCCAGCCGAACCACUGAGCAGACGCCGCUGCUUUCACAGGAAGACCGAGACGAGCACCAAAGACCAGAUGAUGAAGACGAGAGCACUCCCGCGACACGUUCGUUGCUGCGCUCCUUGAGUGGCGGCUCCGACAAGAGUGGCAGUGGCAAAGUCGCGCUAUGGAGGAAGCGAUGGCCGAGCAUACUGGCUCUCGUCUUGCUGUGUCUGCUCGUCAUCUUCAUCAUGCUCGGCUUCCUAGCCAAGGAAAGCAUCGAGGAGUACUCCAUGCAGGCCGCUGACUUCAAGCCUACCAAGCUCUCCAUGGACGGAUUGACCGACCAUGGUGCCAAGGUGCACAUACAAGGAGACUUCACCAUGAACGCGAGCAAAGUGAAGAAGCAGAGCGUGCGCAAUCUCGGCCGCUUCGGCACGUGGAUCGCCCACGAGGCUGAGACUGGGCCCUUCGAUGCCGACGUCUACCUGCCCGAGUAUGGCAACGUCUUGAUCGGCACGGCCAAGAUACCCGGAGUGAAAGUGAACAUCCGGAAUGGACACACCACACGUGUUUCCUUUGUUGCAACUGUACAACCCGGUUCGCCCGACGGUAUUCGUAAUGUCGCCAACGACUGGAUCGAUGGCCGACUAGGGCAGAUAAGGCUCAAGGCCAAGGCCCAAGUCCCGUUGAAGUCGGGAUUGAUCAAUAUUGGCAAGCAGCUCGUUGAGCAAUCUAUCGUCUUCCAGGGAGGCGACAUUCCAACCCUUCCUCACUACAAUAUUACAAAGCUCAACCUUGGUGAGGCUAAGCAUGGUCAGAAGGGGCUUGGUGCCGACGCCUCCAUCGUCGUACAGAACGACUUCCCUGUCCAGCUCACGCUGCCUCCUGUAGCUGUCGAUGUUGGUAUCGAGGGCUGCUCAUCAUCCGACAAGCACAUCAUGGUGGGAACUGCUCAGACUGGCAAACUCGACAUCAAGCCAAAUUCAAAUGUCAAAGUCGAUGUUACGGGCAAUGUCGACAAGCUCUCAGAUCCAUUGACCCAAGUAUGCCCCAACUCAGCCAAGUCUCCGCUUGACGCUUUCUUGGGCGAUUACAUGAAGGGCCAGGACGCGACAAUCUACAUCAACUGCUGCAAAUUCCCUGACCCUGCCACACCCGACUGGGCUCGUGAGCUACUAAAGGACAUUACCGUUCCAGUUCCCUUCGCCGGAAAGUCCAUGGGAAACAUGAUCAAAAACUUCUCUCUGGCCGACAUGCACUUCAGUCUGCCCAACCCAUUCGCUGAACCUGGCACGCCUGAAGCUCGUCCCAAGAUCUCCGGCAUUGUCAACGUCGAUAUUGGCCUGCCACACGAGAUGAACUUCCCCGUUGAUGUCACCCAGGUCAAAGCCGAUGCUGACAUCUACUACCAUAAGAAGAAACUUGGAAAGAUGAACCUAGAAAAGUGGCAAAAGGCAAACUCCACCCGUAUCGAAGGUCAUGGCUCAGACGGACCGUCUCUCCUCGUCCAAUCUGUCAUCAAGAACGCACCCAUCGAAAUUCUGGAUGACAACCUCUUCAGUGAAGUCGUGCAAGCUCUACUUUUCGGCGGCAAAUCGGUUUUGAUGGAUCUCAAGGCCGCAGUCAGCAUUGGUGUGGAUACGCCCAUGGGCAAGCUCGCUGUGCGAGGAAUUCCGGCGCAAGGUGUCGUACCAGUCAAACCAAUUGGUCACGGCAAAGACACCCAGCCCGGCGAUGGUAAAGACGAGGCAAGCAAAAUCAACGUGCAGGUCGGCAAUUUGUCCAUCACCGACACCUCGCCUACUUCUCUUACAAUCACUGCCCUGGUCAACUUUACUAAUCCUUCGAAAUACUCCGCAACGGUUCCUUACUUCAACAUUAACAUUCUGGCCAAUGGCUCCCAUAUCGGUAGCGCAACGGUCAAGGAUAUGGAAGUUUCUCCCGGUAACAACACAAACAAACUUGCAUCCGUUCUUUGGGAUCCUUACACCUAUGGUGGUGAAAAAGGGAAGAAGAUUGGUGCAGAGUUGCUGUCUCAGUAUAUCUCCGGUUACAAUACCACUAUAACUGUCCAGGCACACGAAAAUUCCGUCCCGUCUGUCCCUUACAUUGGCCGCCUGCUCUCGCAAUUUCCCAUCGAACGCCCUAUGCCGCACAUGUCAACCCCCAAGAAGCCGUGUGAUAGUGAUGACUGCGACGACCCGGAAGAUGAUGGCAGGUCCCACUUCAUCCGUGGCACUACCAUGCAUCUCAUCACAAGUACAGCCGUCUUCACUCUUGCAUCACCUUUCCGCGCUACAACAAUGUACAUAACUAGCAUGGAUGCGACGGCCUAUUACGAAGGUCACACAGCUGGAAAAAUCGUUUACGAUCUGCCUUUCGCUGUGCCUCCUGGCCUUUCUGAAUCUCCGCGCUUACCCGUCGACUGGUCAUUCGGUAGCCUUGGGUACCAAGCCAUCAAGAGAGCACUUGGUGGGCAGUUGAAACUUAGCGCUUUCGCGAACGUGGGUGUUCGCAUUGGCGAAUGGCGAGAGGAUAUAUGGUUCCAAGGUGGCAAGAUCGGAGCGAAUGUCCGUCUUUGA